GAAACCUCUUCCUGCCAUUGGCUGACUUCAUUUCCCAGAGUUAGCACAAUCUCAUCCGCUCUAAACAACCUCAUCAAAACUUCUUUCUGGUCAGAGCGAAGCAAUAAUUAUUAUUAGCAAUUAUUAGCGAUCAAUAAUCUUGAUCACAUUAUGGCAAGCACUAUUAAGGAAGCGCUAUCAGUGGUGAGUGAAGACCAGUCCUUGUUUGAGUGUGCCUACGGAUCACCCCACCUUGCGAAGACAGAGAUGACGGCCUCCUCCUCCAGUGAAUAUGGGCAGACAUCAAAGAUGAGUCCGCGUGUUCCGCAGCAAGACUGGUUAUCACAGCCCCCAGCCAGAGUCACCAUCAAGAUGGAGUGUAACCCAAACCAAGUUAAUGGGUCAAGGAAUUCUCCGGAUGACUGCAGCGUGGCAAAAGGCGGGAAGAUGGUUAGCGGCUCAGACAAUGUUGGAAUGAACUAUGGAAACUACAUGGAAGAGAAGCAUGUUCCACCCCCAAAUAUGACUACCAAUGAACGAAGAGUCAUUGUGCCAGCAGAUCCUACGUUAUGGAGCACAGACCAUGUACGCCAGUGGCUGGAAUGGGCAGUGAAGGAGUAUGGUCUCCCGGAUGUGGACAUAUUGUUGUUCCAGAACAUCGAUGGGAAGGAGCUGUGUAAAAUGACCAAAGACGACUUCCAGAGACUCACCCCAAGCUAUAAUGCAGAUAUCCUCCUGUCACACCUACACUACCUCAGAGAAACUCCUCUUCCACAUUUGACUUCAGAUGAUGUUGAUAAGGCCUUACAAAACUCUCCACGGUUAAUGCAUGCUAGAAACACAGGAGGUGCCACUUUUAUUUUUCCAAAUACAUCAGUUUAUCCAGAAGCAGCACAGAGAAUCACAACCAGGCCAGACUUACCUUAUGAGCAAGCCAGGAGAUCAGCAUGGACGAGUCACACCCACCCCAGUCCUCAGUCAAAAGCUACUCAGCCAUCACCCUCAACAGUUCCCAAAACAGAAGACCAGCGUCCCCAGUUAGAUCCAUAUCAGAUUCUUGGACCAACCAGCAGCCGACUUGCAAAUCCAGGGAGUGGGCAGAUACAGCUGUGGCAGUUCCUGCUGGAGCUCCUCUCAGACAGCUCCAACUCCAACUGCAUCACCUGGGAGGGCACCAAUGGGGAGUUCAAGAUGACUGACCCGGAUGAAGUGGCUCGGCGCUGGGGGGAGCGGAAAAGCAAGCCUAACAUGAACUAUGACAAACUCAGCCGGGCACUUCGCUACUAUUAUGAUAAAAAUAUUAUGACUAAGGUUCAUGGUAAGCGCUACGCCUACAAAUUUGACUUCCACGGAAUUGCUCAGGCUCUCCAGCCUCACCCCCCAGAGUCAUCCAUGUACAAAUACCCAUCAGACCUGCCCUACAUGAGCUCUUACCAUGCACAUCCUCAGAAGAUGAACUUUGUAGCUCCCCACCCCCCUGCUUUGCCUGUAACAUCAUCCAGCUUUUUUGCUGCCCCUAAUCCAUACUGGAAUUCACCAACUGGAGGCAUCUAUCCCAAUACCAGGCUGCCAGCUGCUCAUAUGCCUUCUCAUCUUGGCACCUACUACUAAGUGGAGAAAAGAGAAACAACAGAAAAAGCAAACAAAGACACUUCUUGCUGGGAUGCAGUCCCUGCUGAAUUGCAAUGAACUCUAUUGGAGUCCAUGAAUUAAAAGUGCCUAAAGAGACAAGUGAAGGUUUGGCUGGGAAAAAAAAAA